AUGCUCGAAGAAUUGAAUCUCCCGCCUGAUACCAGAAUAACGACUGCACUCACUCGCAGGUCUAAAGCUCAAAAAGCCAAGAACGUACCGGUUUCAACUCAGAAUGUUCCUGUGAUAGCAACUUCUGUACUUCCACCACGAGCUCCAGCAACUUCUGUACUUCCACCACGAGCUCCAGCAACUUCUGUACUUCCUCCACAAGCUCCAGCAACUUCUGUACCAUCCCAAAACCGAAUGAACUACUCCAAAUUUCGAGCUCAAAAGCAAGACGAAGCUAAAAACCCCCGAUUGGAUGAUACCGACCUCACUUUUCUCAUCGAUCAUAUGAGUGUGCCGGCUAAUCAUGCCAAGUUGAUGGGUUCUGGCCCUAAGACACAGUUAAAAAGAAACAAACCGUCGACAGUGCACUCAAGCAAAGCAAUUCCGAGCAAUAAUUUCUCCAAGGAACAAAUUGACCUUGCAAGUAUCAAGCAGGACAAACGAGCUCAUAUUGCAAGUACUUCAGCAGCAGACGCAUUAGCAUUUGAAAAAGAGAAGUGGGAAACUCAGCAGGUACGCGAAGAUGCAAAGAGUGCGUCUGAGGCAGCUCAACUUUUCAAAAUUUCUCAGGCAACUCGUGUUCACAAAGAUAAGAAAGCACGGUGA